GGAGCCGGGCCAUGCUGGGCCGGAGGCGCGUCUUCACCGUGGAGCCACUCGGCUGCAGGGAUGGGACUGGCGAGGACCUGGCGCAUGGCUGUGUGGUGUCCGGAGUCAGCAGCACCUACAGACGGAUUCCAGACACCUCUGAGGGCAGUAAUUUGGCCUCCCAGCAGGGGGACAAGGCUCUGAGAGACCCUGGGAGGCAGAUGCCCAUUGUCAAGCUGGCCUCUAGAGACUCAGGAGUGGAGAUGGCUGUUGGGGACAGCCUCCUGGCCACCUCUAUGGGGCUUUGCCAGGACUCUUCAGACUUUGAGCCCACAAGGGACUCCAGGUUUCCUGCCCACCUUGGUCGACUCCGGGCUAGUCAGAAGCUGGAGCAGAUGCUGGAACGCUCCCACCAGCUUCCGGCUUCCACUGCCCGAGCAUCAAGAUGCCUUCACUCCCUGGAGCCAUCACAUAAGCCUGAAUGUGAAAUGUGCCUUUUGGGAGCAAGGGCACAAGAGACGUUGGAGGUAGGCAUGGACCCUGAAGGCAGACUGGCAGAUGUAGCGCUGGUUGGGAGCUGGCCCGAAGCCUGGGCCUGUCUCCCCGGGCAGGGUCUCCGCUACCUGGAGCACCUUUGCCAGGUGCUGGAGCAGAUGGCACGGCUCCAACAGCUUUGCCUUCAGCUACAGCCUCAGAGGCCUGCAGUGGAUCCAGAUGGUGAGGCAGCCAAGCCAGCUCUGCCCUCUGUUGCCCCUGGCAGUGAAGUGCCUAAGACCCUGGAGCUGCUUAGCCUGAGCAAAAGUGUGGAGACAGGGGCGACAGCAGCAUCACUGCUGGAGGGAGAGAGACCCAGUGCCGACCCUCCCAGGCUGCUGGAGAACCCAGUGUGCCCCUCUCCUCCCUCCCAGGGACACAGGGUCAAGGUCCUGUUUAGCCGGAUCCGCUGGAAGAAUCCUCCACACUCAGAGCCCCCCGCCCCUCCUGAGGACCAUGGACCUGAAAUUGAAUCAAGGAACCUCUCUUCAAGGUCACCACACCGCCUUCUCCGGAAGACUUUUAUGCCAUCAUUAGUGGUUAAGAAGCAGCGAGCAAAAAAUCUGUCUGUAUGCUGAAGUUGCCUGGUGCUUGGUGUGCUGUGAAAUCUUCACCCUUGCCCUUUGCCCUAUUGCUGCUUCUCAUCACUGCCAGGAAUAGCUGCUGCCACUGCCUGUCCUUGCCUCUGAGUGAGGGCCGAGUCUUCCCAGCCGCCUGGCACAGGAGCCCUGCUUUCCUGAUAGGUUCCAAGGUGCUACAGCUCCCAGACUCCUCCUUUGUUGCUAGAAAUCCCUGGGUUUAGACAAUGUGAACUUAUUUAUCAGGCAUCCAUGGAGAGUGUCUGGUGUGGUGAUCUGUCUGGGCCCAGCAUGUUGCAGGUGUAUAUUUGUGCAAAGUUACAUUCAUGUAUAUAUUGUGUGUGUGCUUGUGUAUGUGUGUGUAUGUGUGUGUGUGUGUGUGUGUACAU